AUGAUCGGAGAGUGCGCGAUAAGUGCUAUUGAGUUAAAUAAGACUUGUAGAACUGACGAACCUCCGAAUCGAAUUUAUAUCGACUGUAAUCCCGACCGUCUCGAAGCUUUAUCGUGGUCCGAAACAAUGAACGGCGUGAUUUGGAGUAAAACGCAGAAGACUUUUGUACCAAUUUCCAGCGUGCCGAUAUUUGCUAUGCUACAACAAGAACGUCUUAAACAAAGUCGAGCACUGGAAACCCACAAUUUCCAAUUGCGCAACUUGACUCUAACAUCCUACCAGGAUCCGCAUUUCCUCGAAUUUUACGAUAACGAUACGAAAGUUACAGGACUUUGCGGUGAAUUGUGGACUCUUCUUUCUGCAAAAUUGAAUUUUACAUUACAGCCAAUAAAAUCAAAUGAAACUGGCCUGGGUGCAUCAUCGAAAAACCAUACCAUUUUUGAGCAAGGAUUAUUAAGUAUAAUUUCGCGCAAUGAAACUAUUGCGAUUCCAAAAGUCGAAACUUACAGUGUUCGACGUAUAGCUGUUGAUUUUACAAUGCCUUUAUGGAUGAACAGCCACCGAUUAUAUAUUCAACAUGAGAUAAUACACGACAGCACAUGGAUGGCAAAAGUGUUCUCCUGGAAAAUAUGGUGCUUUGUAUUGGUUAUGUGUCUACUACUGAGCAUAUGUAGUUUUUGGUCACAAAUUAUUCUCGCACGGAUCGGAAAUAAUUGCAGACGCUCGACCAUUAGCGAUCAUAUUUUUUACACCUUUGGAAUGAUCUGCAAUCAAAGCUAUAUUCCCGAUGUUCUUAUUGGAAGAUCAAGAAUAUUUGAAGUAUCGCUGGGCCUCUUUUGUUCUAUAUUGUCGAUGGCAUUUGGAGCUUUGUUAUUCCUUUAUAUAACAAAAAGGAUUAACGUUAUACCGCCAUUCAAUAAUCUAGAAUCUCUGCUGACCGAUACCUCAUAUGACGUUGUUAUUUUGAAAGGUUCUAUUGGAGAUAUCGCGUUUAAGGUAAACCCUAACAAACCUUAUACACUGGUAAGAAGGGCAAAACGCGUCGUCGUUGCAUCAACAAUCGAGGAAAUGUUUAAAUUGACAUGUAUAAAAGGUAAAAAAAAGUAUACCGCACUCCAAGGUGAAGACGAGUAUAAAGCAAGAGGUCAAAUUGGAUGUGAGGUAAUUCCAAUUGGACAAUCUUACUUCAAAAUGUGGGUAGCUUCCGGCAUUGCGAGGAAUUUUAAGUACAAAAGGACCAUCGACCUCGGGAUACUCAGAUUAAAGGAAGUUGGAUUGUGGGAUCAGUUAGUAGAUCGUUGGUUAACGGAGAAAAGUCAGCGUCUUAAUAAUGCCAACGUAGAAGCGAUUGGGAUAGAUCAAGUUUCUUUAGUAAUUUUAAUGAUGUGCUGUGGAAUGAUAACAGCUUUUAUUAUUUUCAUAAUUGAAAAAAUUGUAUAUGCUUAUCAACACAGGCUAUCGUAACUUUACACUAAUGCUAUCAUGAAUAUUUUAAUUAUGUAAUUUUACUUUAUUUGC